CUUCCCCUUGAAACCUUUCAUCUCUCGCUCCCUCUCUCUCUUUCUCUCUUUCUCUGUUUCUCUCUUUUUCUCUUUCUCUCUCUCUCUACCCCUCUCUGUUUUCUUCUAUCUCCUUCUCAGUCUUCCGUUGAGUUCGACCACUCGAAAGAAGAGGAAGCUGGCUCGCUCGCUCGUCCGUUCUUUUCCCCUCUGCGUGGCUUCUCUUCUUUCGCUUGUUUUAACCACCAUUACACCUUCUUAAUCUGGGCUGUGGCCUCCACGUCACUCGUUGCUUCCCUCACUUCGCAGGCAACCUCCUCUCUCGCACGCUUCUCCGCGCCCUUUCGGAUCGACUCUCUUGCCAGCAGGUAUCGACUUUUUAAUAAUACAAUAGAACCGCCACCCGCGCAAUCUGGUCAAUUGUCCUAGCCACAAUGGCUUUCAUCAAGUUCCUCCUCCCGGUCUUGGCUGUCGCCGGCCUAGCAACUGCUGCCGCUGGUGACUGCGACGGCAGAACCAUUCGCAACCAAGGCGACGCCGAUGGCCUGGCUUCUUGCAGGACCAUCGAGGGCGACCUCGAAAUUUCCUCCAAAGUCGCCGGAUCAAUCUCCAUUAAUGGUGUCCAACGUAUCACCGGCAGUCUCAUCUGCAAAGAAGCUGAGGACUUGAGGGAACUGAGUGCUUCAAGUUUGUCGAAAAUCGAAGACACUUUCAUGCUCAGCGGCCUCACUCGUCUGUCUGACCUCAGAUUCGACGCCCUCACGGAGGUCGACAACAUCAACUUCGAGGCCCUUCCUGCACUUCAACAGCUUACUUUCAGUAAAGUAGUCACUAAGGCAAGCAAACUUCGCGUUACAAACACCGAUUUGCGAAAUCUCAAUGGCAUCGACUUGGAGACCGUCGGCGACAUGGAAAUUAGCAACAACCCUCAUAUGACCGAGGUCAACGUCAACAAGAUAACCAAUGCUACUGGUUUCGUCAGCUUCUCUGCCAACUCCGUCAAUCUUAAGAUCAUGUUCCCCAACCUCCAAAAUGCCUUGAACAUGACCUUCCGUAACGCCAGCGAGGUGUCUCUCCCAUCUCUCAAGAAGACUACUGGUCUGCUCGGGUUCUACUCAAACUUUUUCGAAGACUUUUCUGCUCCCAACUUGACUUCCACUGGUGAUCUCGUCCUUGUGGACAACUCGAAGCUGUCCAACAUUUCAUUGCCAGCCUUGGAAACCGUCAGGGGAGCCUUCCAGAUUGCUAACAACACCGCCCUUAAGUCUAUCACCAAUGUCCCCAAGUUGGAGACCAUCAACGGCGCUUUGGAUUUCGCUGGUAACUUCUCUGAGGUCGAACUUCCAAAGUUGGAUGAAGUCCGUGGCCAGUUCAACAUGCAAAGCUCUGGUGACCUUGACUGUGAGCCAUGGGAGAAGAUGAAGGCCAACGUUCGCGGAAAGUUCACUUGCCGUGGUGGCGUAAAGGACCCUCAGUCCCGGAAUCCCAGCAACACUGGCUCUGGCCCAAGCGAAUCCUCUGGCGCCGCUUUCCCUGGCUACGUCCCCCCAAGUGGAAUGACUAUCCUGGCUCUCAUUGGUACCGUUGUCCGCUGCGCUUUCCUUUAGGAACCUUACUCGCUUCUUUUUUCCCAGUUUAUUCAUUGGCGAUAAUAAUUGGUCAUUUCCCUUUGAUGCAAUGUUCCUUGCUGGGCUUCCACAUUGUCAUCGCCUGCUUUGUCUGAAGAGUAAUAGGGCACGUGUCAGCCUCAAUCAGGUCUUUAAACAGCAGAGCUAGUGGCCAUAAGCUCCAAAAUGUCAAGAAUAUUUGCUCCCUAUCAUAUUUUUCCUUUUUCGGUGACCUCUGAGCGUAUGGUGAAGGCUAUGGAGUAUUGAGAAUUUAAAAACACAUAACCUAAUGUAGCUUGAGAGGUUUUAAUGGAUGUAUAGAAGAUGCCCAGAGUUGUUUAUAUAGAGUGGUUUGGCAUGCUGUACUCCAACAGACUGCAACAGCGACACCCGCAGCAACGUUUAAUUUCUCAGGAGCGGGUAUAUUUAUACAGAGCAAGGGAUAGCCUGCUGCAAGUUAAUAGUGCAAAC